CUGCACACUUAUUGUAGUGAAUAUUUAGAAAUGAAAUAUUUCAUUAUAUUAUUAGUGGUGCAUUUAUGUAAUGCAGUUAUUUAUAAACUCAAUGAUACGGAGUUAGAUCGAUUUCCUCCUGUAUACUAUCUAGAUGAUUAUGACAAAUGCCUGCGCAAACCAAAUGCAGUUUACUGCACUGUUGACGCCUAUCUGGUGUCGGAUACGCCUAGUGAUUUACUUACUAUUAUUCAGGAAUAUUCCCAGCAUCGACAUAGUCAUUUUAAUCACUCGCAAAUUACAUAUGGGAUGUGCCUUACAUCAACAUGUAAUAACUAUACAAAUUUGGACCGAAAACAGAACCUUGAGAAAUGCCUUAACGAAACACUUUUGAAGGAUUAUUCACUUAAAGCAAGAGUUCAAGAGCUAUCUUGCACUAAACGCGAUGAAUUUCAAGUGGACGCGUUAGAUAGAGUCGCUGCAUUCAUAUUUUUUGGUAUAUUAUUCAUGAAUUUCAUAGGAACCGUGUAUGAUGUUUUUUCAAAGGAAAGUUCUGGUUUUAGUUUAUUGAGAUGUUUCUCGAUUCGUAGAAAUAUGAAAAAAUUAGUUGAUACCAGCGAAAAGAAUGCUUCGCUUCAAAAUAGAUUGAAUUGCCUAGAUGGAUUAAGGACAAUCCUUCUGAUAGCAAUAUUGAUUGGUCAUGCAUUUAUCACAAGUAUAGUAAACGUUUCCAAUACAUCCGUCGUAGAGGAGAUUUUUAACUACACGCCAUUGCAUUGGAUAACGAAUUUGCCGAUAACUAUGUGUUGCUUCUUUUUUAUAUCAAGCUUUGUGCUUGCCUAUAAUUUGCAAACCAGUGACGAUAACUACGAAUCUUGGACAUGUAUUGGAAGAAGAAUGUUCAAACGAUGGUGCAGAUUUACACCUGCUUAUGCCAUUGCCCUUUUGUUUAUUAUGACCUGGUACAGACAUCUUGGAGAUGGACCUUUUUGGAUGAAUAUAUACAAGGACAGGAUAGAAGCAUGUCGAAGUAUCGGAUGGUAUAACAUGCUAUACGUAAAUAACUUUGUCGAUGGUUCAGUAUGCAUGGUGCAAGGUUGGUAUUUAGCGGCGGAAAUGCAGUUACAUCUUCUUGGACUCAUUGUAUGCAUCUUUUUCAAAGGCCUAUCAAGAAUACGUGUUCUAAUAGUACUGUUUAUUAUUGGAUUACUCAUACCAGGGGUACUUACCUACAUUUAUGACCUGGAUAUGCAGUUAACACCGUCAGCUGAGUUAUUUCGUCAGUACUUCCUGCCGGACCCAACCUUUCGCUAUGUGUAUCGGCAUAGUUUCACCAACUUAGCAUGCUAUGUCAUGGGUCUCGCAAUGGGGCUCCUGACAUAUAAAUUGCAAAGGACAAAUUUUGAUAUUCAGAAAUAUAAGAAAUGGAUUCCUCUAUAUUAUUCAGCUAUAAUAUUAAACACGGGAAUUAUGUAUUCAGCAUCAAUAAAUUACCAGGACAGACCUCGCUUGUCGAUCACCACACGAAUGAUUAUGUCAGCAGUAAUGAAGCCGUUGUUGACCGCCAGCACUAGCGUCCUUGCUUUUGGUGUCAUUUUUAAAUAUGAAAGAAGUCUCUGCGGUCUUCUUGAAUGGCGAGGAUGGACUGUACUAAACAGACUUGGUUACUGUUGCUACUUAAUAAACUUACCUUUUAUUGAUUAUCUACUUGGUUCUGAAGCUUUGAUACGAACAGGAUAUACUGUGAAGUUCACGGCAUCCUGUGGAAUAGUCAUCAUGACACUUUUGCUGGCGCUAUUUUUGUGGCUUCUAGUUGAAAACCCUUUUGCCUUAAUAACGAACGAGCUCUUUAAAGGAAGAAACCACGUUGAGAAUGGGGCAAUUUCGAAAAUUGUCGCCAAUGGGACAUCUUCGAACAUUGCCGGCAAUGGGACACCUUCGAACAAUGUGGGCAAUGGUACACCUUCAAACAAAGUAGGCAAUGGGAUAUCUUUAAACAUAAUCCGCAAUGGGACAUCUUCAAACAAUGUCGGCAAUGGGACACUUUCGAACAAAGUAGGCAAUGGGACAACUUCGAACAAUGUUGGCAAUAGGACAACUUCGAACAAUGUCGGCAAUGAUGUAUAUUUAUGUCACAAAACGGUUAACGGCAGUGCGUCUGACAAGAAAAGUAUAUAAAUGGAAAUUGAUUCAAAUAUGUAAUGUUAAUUAUUUAGUUUAUUUCUUAGUGCGGUGGGAUUCGUACUUAACAACAACUAACUUAAUUAUGAACGUAAUAUAAGCCUAAAAUAGUUAAAGCAUGUUCUAUCACGUUACAAUAUGAGCUAUUUAGUUAGAGAAUAAAAAAUAGUUUCAUAAAUGGGUGAGAGCAGUGUUGUUAUUGGCUCAUCACUGAGGCCGUAGGUUCGAUCCCCGGCUAUUGGUGUAUGGCCUUUCUUUCUAUGUUCCCAAUUAACAUUCGCUCGAACGGUAAAGGAAAACAUCGUGAGGAAAUCGGCCUUAGGCCCAAAAAAGUAGACUGCGUGUGUCAGGCUCAGGAGGCUGAUUCCCUACUUGCCUAUUAGAUUGACAAAUGAUUAUGAAACAG